ACCUUUCUGUCAGUAGGUACCAGCAAUUGCAAAGGAGGUCUCGCGAAAGUGAGGGAACAAAAGAAAAAACAAUCGAAAAAGAGAGGUUUAGGUAAAAAUAGUGAGCUAUAGGAGAUAGCGUGAUAUACUUCGAAUGCGCAGGACUAAUAUUUACGCGUUGAUCCAUUGAGUGGAGGGGGAAAAGACAGAAAAAAUGAGUUCACAGAAGGCCAGCGUGAGGGACACAUUGCAGGAGGCAUUGAAGGCGCUGUACCACCACCCAGAACAGCAAGUUCGCAAUCAGGCCAAUGUUUGGCUUCAGGAAUUUCAGCGCACCAUCGAAGCUUGGGAGGUGUCAGAUAGCCUGCUUCACGAUGCAAACAGUAACUUAGAGACACUUAUAUUUUGUUCCCAGACUCUUAAAACAAAGGUUCAGCGAGACUUUGAGGAGCUUCCACCUGCAACUUUUGUUCCUCUGCGUGACUCUUUAAAAAAUUUGCUUAAAAAGUUCUGCAAAGGUCCUUCAAAAGUUAGAACACAGAUCUGUAUAGCAUUGGCAGCACUAGCUAUGCAUGUGCCUGCUCAAGAUUGGGGAGGUGGUGGAGUUCUGAAUUGGUUACGUGAUGAAUUGGGUUCUCAGCGUGAAUAUAUACAUAGUUUUCUGGAAUUGUUGACAGUAUUACCACAGGAGGCAUACAGCCACAAAAUAGCUGUCCGUCCAGAGAGACGUCGGCAGUUUCAGAAGGAGCUUAUUUCAUCAGUUGAGGUUGCUUUUAGUUUGUUGACUUCUUGUUUGAAUGUUGAAGAGCUUCAGGAACAGGUUUUGGAGGCUUUUGCAUCAUGGCUAAGGCUGAGUCAUGGGAUCCCAGCUGCCGCACUUGCUUCACAUCCUUUGGUACUUGCCGCCAUAUCUGGUUUGAGCUCAGAACAGCUUUUUGAAUCAGCAGUCAAUGCUAUCUGCGAAUUGAUUCAUUACACAGAAACUGGAAGCCCUGGUGGUCUUGCUGAACAGAUGCCAUUGGUUCAAGUUCUUGUGCCCCAAAUCAUGGGACUCCGUAACCGAUUUUCAGCUUCAUUAAAGGUUGCCCUCAUGGAAAAACAAGGUAGCCAAGGAGGAGAAUCUGGAGUAGAUCAAGCUUAUAUUGAGGAUGAAGAAAUUGUGAAGGCAAUGGCUCGCUUAUUUGCUGAAAUGGGUGACUGUUAUGUUGAAUUAAUUGCAAGUGGUUCAAAUGAGUCAAUGAUGAUAAUUGAAGCUUUAGUGGAAGUUACAUCUCAUCCAGAAUAUGACAUUGCCUCUAUGACAUUCAAUUUUUGGCACAGUCUUCAAACUGUUCUGACAAAAAGGGAGUAUUAUACGUCAUUUGGAAAUGAAGCUGCAAUUGAAGCUGAAAAGGAGAGGAGGUUGACAAUUUUUCGUCCAACAUUUGAGUUAUUAGUAUCACUGGUUAGCUUUCGAGUAAUGUAUCCCCAUAAUUAUGAACGAUUGUCCAGGGAAGAUCUUGCCGAUUUCAAGCGAACUAGAUAUGCUGUUGGGGAUAUUUUGUUGGAUGCAUCUUCAGUUCUGAGUGGAGAGGUGACACUUAAGAUUCUUUCAAAUAACUUUUUUCAAGCAGGAAGCACUGCUGGGAAUGGUGAUUCUUGGGAUUGGCGAUCUGCUGAAGCUGCUUUGUACUGUAUUCGAGCAAUAGCAAGAGCAGUACCUAUAUCUGAGGAAACUGUAUUACCACAGGUUAUUGGUUUUUUAGUGAAACUACCACUUCAACCUCAGCUUCUUCAGACAGUUGUUGCAGCCUGUUUAACAAUUGGAGCUUAUUCAAAGUGGUUGGGUAGUGCAUCUGGUGCAUCAUCAUUCCUACCCUCUAUAAUAGAAAUUUUAACAAGGGCCAUGACUACAUCAGAAGAUUCUUCAACUGCAGCAGCAAUGGCUUUGAGACAUGUUUGUGAUGCAUGUAGGGAUAAGUUAGCAGGAUCACUGGAUGGUCUUUUUCACAUUUAUCACAAGGCUGUGAGCCGAGAAAGUGGUUACAAGCUGUCUACUGAAGAUGCCUUGCAGCUUAUUGAAGCCUUGAGUAUGGUUAUCACCGCCCUUCCACCAGAACAUGCAAAGAAGGCCCUUGAGGCUUUAUGCAUUCCUGCAGUAACUCCUCUGCAGCAAGUAAUAGCACAAGCAGCAAGAUCUCCUCAGCAAUUUAGUGCAAAUCAGUAUACUAUUCCUAUUGAUCGCCUUUCAAAUAUUUUCAGAUAUGUUAGCCAUCCUGAAGCUGUGGGAGAUGCAUUUCAAAAUAUUUGGCCAACUUUGAAAGCUGUUUUUGACCAACGUGCUUGGGACAUGCAAACUAUGGAGCGACUGUGCAGGGCCUGCAAAUAUGCUGUGAGGACAUGCGGAAAAUCCAUCGGUGUUACGAUAAGUGAUAUGCUGCAGGUGGUCCAGUUGCAAUAUCAAGUGCACCAUCAAUCUUGUUUCCUUUACCUUUCCAGUGAAGUAAUAAAGAUCUUUGGCUCAGAUCCUUCUUGUGGAAACUAUCUAGGAGGUCUAAUUAAUUCACUCUUUGGCCAUACUAUAAGCCUUUUAAAGAGUAUUCAGGAUUUUACAUCUAGGCCAGACAUUGCUGAUGAUUGCUUUUUGUUAGCCUCAAGAUGCAUUAGAUACUGUCCCCAUUUGUUUGUGCCAUCAACUAUAUUCCCUCCAUUAGUUGAUUGUUCGAUGAUUGGCAUUACUAUACAACACAGGGAAGCAUGCAUCUCAAUAUUAACAUUUUUAAAUGAUAUUUUUGAUGUGGCCACAUCAAUUGGUGGAAAACAAUAUCGUUCAAUCAUUGACAAUGUUAUAUUACCUCGGGCUACAAGUCUUACAAGAAUUCUGAUAGGCUCUUUGGCAGGAGCUCUUCCUGAAUCUAGAUUAGAAGAAGUCAUUUCUGUUCUUAUGUCAAUGACACGGAUAUAUGGAAUUCAAGUUGUUAACUGGGCACAGGAGGCCAUUUCUUUGAUACCAUCAACAGCCAUAACAGAUGGUGAGAGAUCAAGCUUCUUGGGGGCUUUGUCUUCCGCAGCCUCUGGUGCAAAUUCUCCAGCUCUCAUAGGUUCGCUUGAAGAAUUAUCAGAUGUAUGCCGCCGCAACAAGACAGUUCAAGAGAUUGUACAGGGAGCAUUGCAGCCACUUCGACUGACGCUCACAACGGCAUCAUGAUUGUUUUAAAAUACCAAAGGACAUUUUGAUUUUGUAACUUGUAUGAGUAUCUUGUAUACUGGGAUUGUUUGAGAUCAUGAGAGUCAGAGCACGGGUUUUUUGUCAGAGAGUUUGUUAUUGUGAUUGUAUUACUAUUAUGGGCAACAAUUUUUCUGAGUACAUAGUUUUUAUUACACAGUUUUUAAGUCUGGACAUUGACUCUUAUGGAGUACAGGUGAUCAAUGUCAAGCGUUGGCUUACAAUUUUAGUAUCAGUUUUAAGCCAUCUGAUCAUUUUGACUGAUGGAUGUCAUUAUUUAAGUACAUAUACACAGGAAAAUGAGGAGCAGAAAUAGGGAUAAGAUGAAUUCGGUAUGCUCCUCCUGUGGAUUAAUAAUCAGGCUGUUGUAAAUUAUCUGGAAAAUUAGUUUGGAAAGAAAAAUUUCCAGAAAAAUAAUCACUGAUUCCCUUAUUAUUUCAGGCUGUGAAUGUAAAUUUCAGAUUAGAAAAAUUGAGCCUUUGUAUGGAUUGUCAUGGUACAUUAAUUGGCUUCCCAUCAAAAUUCCAGAAAUUCAUGUGGCGUCAGAGGAUGGUUCUCAAACGCCAGAAUUUUUUAGUUGUAAUAAUAAAUAUUGUUGGAUCCCCUUCAAGUGUUUUGGAAUAUACACAAGGACUACAUAUAGGACUACUGUUGUUUCUUGUACGAUAUUGCUAAUUAAUCAAGUGACAAAAUUCAAUUAACAUUGAUGUAUCCUGAUUUGAUCAAGUCAGCAAAUUCUUUUAUACA